AUGUCAGAGAUAUCAACGGCAUCUUUACGAUCUUGCGCACCAAACGAAAGAGUAUACAAGGUUGUAUGCCGCGCGAACAAACAUUUUGAGAACAAAAAUUAUCGUUGCGCAAUCGAGGAAUACACAAAAGCUUUAACAUUAUCACAACCGGAUUUGGAUCCUUCGAAAUCUACCGAUUUCGCAGCACUGCUAUUCGGAAACAGAAGUGCUUGUUAUUUCGCGUAUAAACUGUAUAUCGAUGCCGAAAAAGAUACGAGACAAAUGAUUCGUCUACGGCCAGAAUGGUCAAAGGGAUAUUUUCGACGCGCUGAUAUACUAUUGGAACUUGGACGCUUCGAUGAUGCUUUAGAGGAUUAUAAAGAGGCGCGACUUAGGGAUCCUUCAAAUCCAAAAAUACCUCUUCGAAUAGCACAUGCAUUGAUAAUGAAAGAUGACCAAGAAAUGGGUGUUGCGAUUUGUCAACUCAUUCCCGGUCGAGAUAUUUGUCUAAUGACAACUACAGUUAAUCCGGUGCAACAAAAGAUUUUCUCGAUCGCUAUUGAGAUAAAGAAUAUUAUUUAUGUGAUUGCGGACAUCGCAAGUCGAAAUUGUGUAGUGAUUGAUGCUUGUUGGGACGUUAAUGGAAUAUUAAAAUUCAUAGAAACAAAGAAAUGGAAAUUGAUGGGUGCUAUUGUGACACAUUAUCAUUUUGAUCAUGUAGGAGGUCCACCGCCACCACCGUAUAAUCAUAUUCCCAUAAAAAUCAGUGGACUUUUCGAUCUCACGAAACAAGUAUCAAAUCUCAAAGUAUACGUCAAUCCACUAGACAUUCCUUAUUUAUUGAGCGCGAAUCCAGCCCUGAAAUCAUACACCGAUCGAAUUAUCCAUACACACGGUCAACACCGAGAAUCACUAGGAGAAAAGACAAUACUUCGAUUUAUUCAUGUGCCAGGACACACGGAAGGUAGUCAAGCUAUACUGGUGAAUGGGUGUCGUUUGAUCACGGGGGAUACAUUAAUGUGUGGGUGUAUGGGACGAGUUGAUCUCCCAGGGGGAAAUUUAAGCGAAAUAAAAAUAACUUUGAGAGAAAGAUUGGGAAAGCUGGAAGAUGGAGUUGUGGUUUUACCGGGGCAUGACUACGGUGGAAAGUGGACCACAAUAGGAAUGGAGCGAGAGCGUGGAAUAAUUGGUCAUUUUGGAAAGAAGAAAGCAUCGAUUGAUUAA